CAACAAAUGCUUAUAGGAACUCAAAUUCUGUGGUUUUGCUGGUUUUGCUCCUAUAAAAGAACUAUAAAGUCGAUUUGUCGACGAUCCUGUUUGGUUUUAGCGCAAAAAGAAACUGUACUGUUUCUUUCUCGCUAUGGAAGCGUUUCAAAGCUGUCUCACUGAUGAAAUCAAUCUACCAGAUCCUUAAUAUGAACGUGCAACAAAUGCCAUGGAAAAUUUGUCGAUUAUCGACUUGCCGGAAGAUGCUUUGCUGGCUAUAUUUGCACAAUGUGAUUAUAAAACAUUGCUCAUUAUCGCACAGGUUUGCAAAACUUUCAAUAGACUGUCCAGUCAGGAUGUUUUAUGGAGACGAAUUUCAGAGAGAUGUCUCAAUAUGCGAUCGAAACAUAAGAGGCAAGCGUUCACUCAUUUUAUAUUUGUGUGACGUCAUAACAUAUGUAAAUAAUUAAAAAUCUUCACAAAUAUUAUAUAACAUUUUGAGACCCACCUACAGGAUACAACUAGUCGUAUGCGAUUCUUAUCAUGGUGUAUGUAAUCGAGUGAAUGUGUGUAAAGAUUUCAAAUUUCACCAUAAACUGAUGAACACGUAAUAGUGGUGUCAGCAGUAAUUUUCAUAUGCCAGAAUGACAAUCAUACAAGACUAGUCGUAACAUGUAAAUAGGCCUUUGUUUACAAAUUGGCUUGUGAAUUCCGAUAUGAACUUGCGGACGUUGCAACAAAAAAAAUUUGUGGUCAAAGUGUUAUAAAAUCGACUGUAAUUGAUAUUUAUCUGAACCGACCCGACUGCGUAGCUCAGUUGGCAGAGCAUUGGGCUAGUAUUCCAAAGGUUGUAGGUUCGAUUCCCACCAUGGCCAGGCAUAUUUUUCAAGCUUACCCGGUGUGGAUAUACACUCAGAGUAACAUCACAAGCAUCAUAUUCACCUGAGUACAUUACACCAACACAGAAAAAAUCAUGAUUACUAGAUUACAUUGAUAUCGAAGGAACUAGACUCGAUUCCAAAAUAUCACAUACUCGAACCGACCUGACUGCAUAGCUCAGUUGGCAGAGCAUUGGGCUAUUAUUCCAAAGGUAGUAGGUUCGAUUCCCACCGUGGCCAGGCAUAUUUCUCAAGCUUGCCCAGUGUGAUAUGCACUCAGGGUAACAUCACAAGCAUGAUAUUUGUCUGUUGAUCCUGGACAAUAAAUUCUGUAUGAACCUGUCCUGCAAUCUAACCCCUACUCUAACCGGUUCUUAUCUUUUGUUCUGGCCGGGUAGAAGAACCCUUACAGAUACACUUGGAAUUUCACUCCCAGUUUUGAUACGGACAAUCGCGCAUACAACGCAAGCGCCUUAACCACAUUGACUACCGAGGAAUUCCUUGAAACCACCUGAAAUCUAUUUGGUAUCAAUAUAGCAUUUUAAAGAACGAGGAAAACACAUUUGUCAGAUCUAUAGCCAUUAUAUAAGUUAAAGUUCUGGUGUCGGAAAAAUAACCACAGCGUUCGAUAUAUCAUCAGUUUAUGCUAGAGACAAAUCUUCUUUCAAGAUACGUCAUCCAUCUGACAGACCAUAUACAUAAACAUGAGAUGAAGUGUUUACUUGAACUAUGCUGUCAAUGAUUGUAGGAAAAAAUCCUGACCUAUAUUUUCCUGAUAGCCUGUGUAAUGUCAUAUAUAAAAACAGAUGAAACAUCUUUUCUUUGCCCAAGUCUGUCCAUAUAUGAAUCACCUGUUUCUAUAACAUAAUUCUUACCAAUUGUGUCAAUAAUGUAAUGAAUUCUAAAUAAAGUCUGCAACAACUAAACAAUACAAACAUUUCUGUUCAGCAAGUACAGCUUUAAAGAUUGCUGUGAGAUAUCAUUUAAAUGGGUGCAUGGGAAAUACUGUGAGAUGACUAUGGUCAAAUUUCAUAACAAGUAAGCUGAAUCACUUUACUGAUUAAUUAACAAUAAUGAUUAAAAAUGUUACUUUUUACUCUAGCCAAGUAAUGUAUUACUGGCCUUUCUUUGGUCUAAGGGGCCCACAGCUUAAACUGAGAGGGAGGGCUGGCACAUGGCUAGUAUCAACUGCAACUUAUAGACACUUUCUAACAUCCUUGCUCAGGGUUCCCAACUGACCUAGAUUCCCUGGCUUUUGCUGGGCACAGCCCGAAGAAGUUACACCACUGAUCUGAAGAGAUUUUUGGUUAUCUUGAAAUUAACGGUCUACUAGACAAAAUGACCCUAUCAGUUUUGUAUCAUUUUAAUCCAUCUAUAUUGCACCUAGGCUUCUUCCAUGGCUAGAGCUCAAUUCAAAUAGUUUAUAUUUAUCAAACGAGAACUGCAUCCAAAUAUAUAAUCAUACCCGGGGACAAAAAAGAUUGGCAAAACCUGUUGCAUCCAUCACUUGUGGUGAGCACGAUGUUACAAGGUUUGUUGUGAAAGAUGACUUGCUUGUCAGUGGUUCAAAAAAUCAAGUCUCGGCAUGGAACAUCAAGGAUAAAUCAUAUUGUAAAAUAAAUACAUUUGUGGGGCAUACAAAGUCAGUGUAUUGUGUUGAAACACUUGGUGAAGUUGUCCUGUCUGGAUCAAGGGAUCGAUCUAUUAAGGUAAAGGAUUAUUAAAGCACUUUUUGACUUUCAACAAGUUAAAGUUAUUUUCUUUUCAAUGGAAGAAAUAAAGUGAUUAAAGUUUGAUCACAUAAAUUGAUAAAAGAAUGUUAAGAUUUCAUUACAAAACACUAUAAAAUAAAUAAAAAUUGGCAAACAGCUUAGCUAAUUAAAAUUAUCAUUGUGUAGAUUUGGUCAUUAAAUUUGGGAAAAUGUCUAACGACCACAAACGUUGGUGAUCCAGUAAGGUCCUUGGCAGCAAGUUCAUUUGACGGGUAUGAUUCUCUUCAUCACAUUUUAAGAAAACGAUGCCCAAUUCACGAUAAAUUUUUAGGUUGAAAUUGUUAUGUUAAUUUUUGUGUUUCCUUAGGAAGUUCGUUGCAGGAAGUGCAGGAUACUUGCCAAGAAGUUCAGCUUUGAAACAUUACGAUUGUGAAACGUAAGAGAUUGUCACCUGGCUAUAAUCCUAUUUCCGACAGCCUGUAAUAGGAUUGGGUUAAUUAACCCAAAUCACAAUUAAUGUGGCUAUGUUAAUUGUAGCCCUGCGGUCAUUCUGUGAUUAUGGUGUGGUCAUUUGCAAUCGUUGCGACAGAGUUUAUAUGGUCACCAUCACUAUACGUUUUACGUUGCGUCAUCUAAUUCUCCAAGAACUUUGAACGCAGAUGUAAUUUUUAAGAGAAAGAAUGCUUUCAUACUUUGGGAUUUAUGAAAUAUACUGUACAGACUGAGGGACAUCUCUAAUACGGACAUCAAAGGGAAACAGCAAAGUGUCUGUAUUAGAAAAGUGUUCGUUUUAUUGAGGUUGUGUUUUACAGAAUAUACUGUAACUUACUGUAUGCUCUGUAUAAAUAUCAUUUUAGUGGUCAUCAGUUGAGUGAGUUGAUUUGUGAUAGCAGUGGAAGACGUGGUGCCGGUGUGUUAGACUUGAAGUUUGAAUCUCCAAAUAUUCUGUUGUCCUGUGGCUAUGAUACAGCUGUAAGGCUGUGGGACAUGCGUAUUGGUGGAAGGUAAGCUAACGGCUGCUUUCUCUGUGUUUUUACAUGUGCUGUACGUACUGUAUUUCAGCGCUCUAACCAACUGAACUACAGAGAGACAGUUGUCGAGCUCUAACCAUGACUACAGAGAGGCAGUUUUCGAGCUUUUUCGUUUGAGAACGAACAUUGGGCUACGACGAUUUUCCAUUCACAUCUGUCUUGCCAUUGCUUUGGCGUUAUUCUGCCUUCUUCAAAUUCAUAUCAACUGUUCUGCUGCAUGUUAUUCCUGGCCUCCCUCUCUUUCCUCCUGCAUGAAAGCCAUCGAGAUUGCUGUCCCUGACCGUAACGGCGGACGCGUCGCACUCACAAGUCACAUAUGUACAGACUACGAAUAGCAUAUAUUCGUGAUUCAUUCAAGUUCUUAAUUUUUCUUCGACAGUUGUUGCGUGAAGAAAUGGGACGAUCCUCACGACUCAGCGGUGUACUGCGUCGAGUCAGAUAAGAAAUGGAUGAUACUCAGCGGCACUUACAGAUACGGUGUGGUACGUGGUUACUUGUUUUACUAAACUCUUCAUGUCAUUGCCAGACACGUUUCGGCAACAGGGGCUGGUUAACUAAUCCUACUAGAUUAACGAAAAAUUUCAAAAUAAAUUCCCAACAUCUUGUCUGCAAACAAAUGUUUUUCCCCCCGAAACCUUGUUUGGAUCAAUAUAGAACUUCUAUUAAAUAAAGUUUUGAGAUACAAAGAUAUAAAUACAAAAACAGCAAGCGGUAAAUUUUAACCCAGGGUUAGCGCUAAACAAGCCAAUAUAUUCUAAAAGUCCUAAAAGACCUUACAUUGAUUCCUCUAAUCCUACAUUGUGUAGGUGAGAUUGUGGGACAAACGGAUGGAUAGAUGUGUCAAGGUAAAUAGAGUAAUAGACGUGUUAUAAGGUUUGGUGAAAUAGGACAACUGUUUUGCGCUGCUUUGCUUUUUUACGUCUUUUUUGCUUUCUUUUCAUUGAUUUGAGAAAUGAACUAGAAGUUUAUGUAAAUCAGAUAUACAAGCUCCAGAUAUAUCAGAUAUACAAACUCCUUCAUGGCAUAUAAAUAAUAGAUGUCUAUUAUUAUAGAUAUCUAUUCUUUCCAUGCUUCAUGGACAUAAUUUGCUUUAUGUUCGCUUCAUAGAUUAAUAUAACUGUUAUGUACAAAUACAAUAAUGUACAGUACCUUUCUAAUGUAUCUUUUUCUCCUUUAGUACUAUCAUGGCAGUCGACAUACAACGAGUUCAGUGUACUCGCUCAAGUUUAACCAUACAAAACUUUUUGUGGCCUUGGACAAGAGACUCAAUAUCCUGAACUUUGAUUUAAAAUAGUCAGCUGUGCGCCAGUUGUGUUGUAGGGAAUUGUAGAGUAUAGUUUGCAUCAUUAAUAUAGACAUUUCCUGAAUUUGUGUACAUGAGACAUGGGGGAUCUGCCCACUCUGCCAUAAAACCCGCUGCAUCACAGGUAUUAAGGUUACACACAAAUUAAUUAAUUUACUCUUCAACAAGACCAGGUUAACACAGGGCCUCGUCCAAGAAUUUUUCAGUGAAGGGGCCAUCAAGAAAAAUGGACCUACUGUAUAACUAGGAAGUUAUGAACUGAAAAAGUGGGAUUUUGUAUAGGGGGGAGCACCCCCAGAAAAUGUUUGUCGCUCAAGCAAAUUCGAGAAGUGUAUAUACAUGAUGAAUAGGGGAAAAAACUGCAAAGUAAGAAAUAUUAAUUGCAGAAUAAUGUAUCUGAAAUCUACAAACAGUUUAUUUAAAUGUACAUUAAAUACAGAUAUACAAUAUAUUUAACAAUUUUAUCAACCCAACUUAUAAAUAUAAACUUUAUGAUAUUUCUAUUUUAUAAAUAACUCCACUAUGAGAUACUAUACAGUUAUAAAUAGCUGAACCUGGUACUAUUGGACAUUCUAUGACACACUAUAGAGUAAAAUUAUAUGACAAAUAAUAAAACACCUCUAUAUUAAGAUAUUCAAAAAUAUAAAAUUAAGAUUGCGUCUAUAAUAUAGUCUCGCCUAAUUUGUUCUAUUCAUAAAAAACUCGAGGCUAUAGGGCUAAAACCAAAACGCUAUUUUAUUAAGAACAUAUCAUUUUUGUGAGAAACGUUAGCAACAUACCUCAAUUCUUUGUACCUACUUUAAAACGUGUGAAUUUCGUCCAUAUCAGUUUGGUUUCGUAAUUGCCAGUCAGUGGACUUCAGGGAUGCAUGGAUCAAAAGUUACUUCCCCGUUCAAUAUAGAUCUCGCUGAAUCCGCCUUCAGGUUGAGAGAGAACUGCAACGUUUCUUUGAUGCCAAACUGAAAUUACAUUUAAAGGUUUCUUUGGUAGACGGAAAUUUUCUAGUGUAGAUUAUAGACAUUUUUCGACGGAACUGCAGGGGUAGCUACUAAUAAUGCAACUCAAACACAGACAAGUUGUAACAAACCUGCAGCAGUCUUGUAUAGCAAUGCUGUUCCAACAAGUCAACAGGUUGUGUGAUACACCCUCUCGAUAAUUACGACAUUUGGCCUGGGAGCCUCGCUCUUAUGAAUCGUGAGCCAAUCACCUUGCGUAAUUUACUAAUGAGAGCGAGGCUCCAAGACCAAAAACUAUGUGUGACGUAAUUAUCGAAAGGGUGCAUGGGUGCAUGUAUUCGCACUGCUUGUUCCCAGCUCGUUGACAACUUGCUACAAAGAUGAUGAACUCGACAAACUUGUUACAAGUUGUUCCAACAACUUGUUAUCAUCCUGCAUUUCAAUAACUUGUCAGUUGUCAAGUUGUGAAUGACAACCUUGAAGCAACUUAAUAACAGUAUUGUUACGACUUCUUGACAAUCUUGCUACAAAUCUGUUGUGAACACAUCUAGUCGACAAGUUGUCAGAUUUUUAUGUUUCUAAUUGGGUAAAUAUCACGGAU